UUCCUGCGACUAACUUCACCGGAGCUGAGCGCCCACAACAGCCCGCAUCAUCAUCCUCAUCAUCCUCAUCAUCACCAUCAUCAUCAUCAACCUCAUCCUCAGCAGCAGCAGCAGCAUCAGUGUGAUGAAGCAGCGGAGGAUCUUCCUGCUCUGAGACACCGAUCAGCACACAGCGGACAGGAUGACUGAGGUGAUGAACUCUCUGGAGCCGGCAUCGGAAGACUUCAGCGGUGGAGGAGCGGCAGGAGAUCAGGACUCAAUCUUCCCAGAUACCCAUGAAAGGUAUCCCAAGCUGUCCAAGAGGCUUCCCUCCAUCGUGGUCGAGCCGACGGACGCCACCGAGGUGGAAAGUGGAGAACUCCGCUGGCCGCCGGACGAGCCGACCUCUCCAGACUCUCAGGGCGAGAGGAAGAGUCCAGGAGAGCAAACUGCAGAUGUGGAGCAGCCGGACGAGGAUGAGGAUUCUGCAGGUGUGGAGAUGCAGGACUCCAACUGAACGAACUCUCCUCCCGUCAAAUACUCGGUUGCUGUGAGUCUGUCCGGACGAGAUGAGUGACAUUCAGUAGAAGAACUCAUGGAUUAGAGAAAGUGGAAGACGAAGGGUAGAAAAAACGAUUCUUAAACCCCAGCUGACGGCUUGGAGCCAGAGUCUUUUCUUUACAUCUGAGGAGGGAGUUUGUUCUGACACAUGUAGGCUAAUAAAGAUGAUGGAAGGGGACCAAGACGCCACUGCCUUUUGACUAAAAGCUCUUCUUUGUGUUUUUAGCGUCCCCGUCUAAUACGACUGUUGUCACAUUUCCAUCUUUUGUAAAUACAGAUUUUUAAUUUCCCUCUCUGGCUCCAAGUCCUCGCCGUCCACGUCUGCACAUGUGAUCUGGACAGAUGUUUCUAAAUGCUGUAUUAAGUAUUUAGUUCAAGCGUGCCAUACUACUACUACUCCUACUACUUGUACUACUACUACUGAUGGUAGCUACUGUAUUUUGUGCACAGUUUUUACAUUAACUUUAGACGUACUGUAAAUGACACCACUGUUUGUUGAGUGCAGUAGUUUGGUGAUCUUGGUCUCACUUUGUAAUAAUAAUAGCGACGAGUUUGAUGAAUCCACGACUUUAUUCGAUGUCUUUACACUCUUUAACAUAUUCUACUAUGUGAGCAUUGUCUUCGUACGGUAGGUAGAUGUUAAAGGGAAUGUAAUCGUGUUUUACUUUAAGAUGUUGGAGCAAUAUGUUGGUAGGACUUUCAAGGCAUUUUGUUACAGAAGUUAAAAAAACAACAAAAAGAAACUGGUAUAUUUUAGAUGUGUGUUGCUUGUCACAGACAUAUUUUUUAAAAUACUGGCAGCCUAAAUUAUUGCACAAGUAAUAAACCUUUUGAAAAUUCUUAAAAAA